UUGCUAACGAUUUGUGUCUCUGUGUUGAGCUAUAAUCCGGACAAUUUGGAUGAGUUGGAGAGGUAUGUGACGCGACAGUCGCAGGACAACUACUAUGACUUGGAGGCCAAUCUGGCUGUCCUUAAGUUAUACCAAUUCAAUCCAAGCCAGACGAAGAAGCAAACGGUGAUUAAGAUUCUGCUGAAGGCCUUGACAGCGCUUCCCAACACAGACUUCGUGCUCUGCAAGUGUCUCAUCGACUCAACACUUCUCGAGGAGGAGAACAUCGCUCUCAUCACGAGUUUACAUAAUCUUCUCGAGACGUGUCGUUUCCAAGAGUUUUGGCGCGAGUUAUCCAUCAGACCUCAGCUCAUACAAGGAAUCACUGGAUUUGAGAACUCUAUCCAAAAGUUCAUCUGUCAUGUCAUACAAAUCACAUACCAGUCCAUUGAGAAGUCUUCGCUGCGCUCACUGUUAGGGAGUUUGGCUGACAAUCAAUUGAAUCAAUGGAUGACACAAAACGGUUGGAAAGACAUUGAAAAUGGAUUCGUAUUUGUGGCCAAUCAGGAGGAGAACAUCAAGACUAAGAACAUCACCGAAAAGAUAGACCUCGAGAAUGUGGCUCAAGUAGUGGCCGCUUAUCGGUAGAGCGUCACCACUCCGACCGCUUCUCUGAUUUCAAUAUCUUCUUAAUGUCCUCUAAAUGGGUUUAAUUUGCAAAUACUUUGAGCCGUAUUGUUGUCGUCACUUCAAAAUCAAUGUAAUUACAGUUUAACUAAUUUAAUAAAUAUUUCUUUUAAAAGCAAA